AUUACCGUGACGCCGGGGGGCUUCGCAGCAAUUGGAGUCUUCCGUUUCAAGAAACUCGAAAUCAAUCCGGACCGCAACAGUUCCAUCAGAUGUACCGUCAAGUGCCCGAACUCUGUGACUAAAGACUCGACAGCUUUUCAUACACGGUUCAAUUGUCCUUUUCCAUAUCUGGGCAAUGUGCGACAGCUUUGGUGCACCUCGACAUUGACACGGAGUAGAGAAGCCCCUGCUGCGGGGCCUGAGUCAACACCAUGCUUAAGAAGAGCAUCGCCCUGAAGCCGAAGGUCGGCAUUCGCCGCCCCGGUCCCGGCCCCAAAUCCGCGUCCCAGGGUGCCUCUCGUCCCUCUACUGAGGAGACAUCGUCCAAGACACCGACAGAGGCUUUGCCCGCAACGCAACCAGAAGCAUCCGCGCAGCCUCAAAAUGCCCCGCAUCCGACUUCAAGUGCUCCCCUCGACGUCGGGACCCCUGUGUCCGGCGGCGAUGAGUCGGGAGACGGACAGGAGCCUUCAUUGCCACAGGAAAAAGUAGACAAACCCGGGUUGGGGCCACCCGACCGAGCCAGUACAGGAGAGGCUACAGCCCCAAAGCCUGAAGUCAAUGCUGCAGGAGGGACAGCCGUGGGCUCACUGUCAACAACGGCGCCUCAUAUCGAACUGGCAGCCUCUGCUCAAACCGAAAAUCAGUCAGCCCAAGGGACGCCUACAGUGGAGGAGCCUGUGACGCUAGAAUCGCCAGCCAUAGUUUCACCUGGUACCCCAGCCGCGAGUUCGCGUCCUGCAGAGGUUACAUCAUCUACAACAACUGAGACUACUGAGACGGGGCCAGCCGCGGAAGAUCAGCCUGAUCAAGCGUCGACACCGCCUGCCACGGAUGCUCCAGUCGUGCAACCACAGACCGCUUCCACGCCCGCUGCAGAACCCAGUCCCACACCUUCCCAAGCUCCCAGACAAACGCGGGGCCGGAAGCGUACCGCUGAUGCCACCACUGGCGGGGACGCUGGCGCACAAAGUGGCACUGGUUCUGCAACGAAACGGCCUCGGAAGAGGGCUGCUGCGCUUCCGGGUGAAGAAGGGUAUGAGGAGCGGCGAGUUGCCGAGAAAGCAACACGCCCGAAGCGCAGCAGGCGCACAACCGGAAAUGGGGACGCCGGCGAAGAUGGCCAAGGAACCACACGACAACGGCCCCGAAGAACUACGAGACAGCAGCGUGAAGCCACGCCACCAGAUGCGGAGAACGUCCAAAUCGACGUCACGCAGGUGAAAAUGGCGGAUCUAGUCAAGGACAUGCACAUCGGCAAGAAGUUCAGCCUGCACGACGAGCUUAUGGAGCGCGAACGAGCCAGGCGCAUGCGGUAUGGCGGGAGGAAACGGCGGCAGCAGCAGGACGGCGACGACGCCAACAACGAAGACGCACAGCCCACCACCGGCAGCACUCCCUCAUCCGCGACCCCCGCAGCAACCGCAACCGAAGCCGCUGCCAGUAACCCCGACACGCCGGGCUCCCCGCCGGCCCGCGCAGGCCCCCCCCUCAGCGAGCGGUACCAGCUGAUCAACGGCGAGAUUGUCCUCGACCCAUCAUCCCUCAUCGUCGACCGGCACGCACGCGCCCGCGAGGAGGCGGCAACCAUGCAGGAAGUCGAAGAGAACGACUUCACGUACCGCGUCACAUCCUCGACCUACCUCCGGCGGAACCUCAAGCCGCAGCAGUGGACCGACGAGGAGACGGAGCGCUUCUACCAGGCGCUGGCGGCGUUCGGCACCGACUUUGACACGAUAUGCCGCAUGUUCCGCGGCAAGACGCGCAAGCACAUCAAGCUGAAAUUCAACCGCGAGGAGCGCGUCAACCCGGCCCGCAUCAACGCCGCCCUCGUCGGGCAAAAGACGGUCGCCAUGGACCUGGACGAGUACCAGGCCCACACGGGCAACCAGUACGAGACGGCCGAGGCCAUCUACGCCGAGCAGAAGCGCGCCCAGGACGAGUUCGAGGCGCGCCAAAAGGCCCUCGACGACGAAAAGGCCGACGAGGCGAGGCGGAAGAAGGAGGAGGCCAUGAAGCAGCUCGAGGUCUCCCUUGCCAAGGAGCGAGGGGAUGCGGGAACUAAAAGGAGGGGGAGAAAAUCGAAGAAGGAUCAGGAAGCCUAAUCUGUUUCUUUCCGUUCUCCCCCCCUUUGUUCAUUCCAUUCUACUUCAACUUUAUUAUCGGUAGGGAGGAAGGGUUGGGACGAGUAGGCGCUCCUGGUCGAUACAGCGUAUGGGGCAUUACGGAGGCAACCUGUGGGCAUUACAUGAAGCGAUUAUAAACGGUGGAUGGCAAUUUUGAUACCCCCUUCC